UUUGCUUGCUUGACCUUGGCGCACACAUCUGGAGUAAGACUUUCACUUAUCGUCAAGAGAGCAAGCACCUACCAUGUUCAAGUUCAACUUUUCUGCAGACGACCUCGAGUUUGACGACCCUGAACUCGCCAACCAGCAGGACGACGACCAACUCGAAGACCUCUCCAAACCUCUCGAAUCGCUCUCUGUCUCAUCUUCUCCUGCAACUCUCGUACCUGCCUCGCAAUUGGAUAUCCAAUCCAAGUCAUGCCUCCAAAGUCUUCCCUUGACACUCCACUAUGAACUCGCCCAGAUUCCUGUCUUGAACCAGGGCUCUGGUGCAGCAACAGCAAUUGCAACCGAUACCAGGACCGGAAAGGAAAGAGAAAUUGUCACGAUCUUUAAGCGUAACCUGGAGGAUGUUAAGUUUCAGAUCGCACAGGAGGACGAUGAAUUCGACGCGCUAGAUAACGAUAGCAGGAGCAAAGAUAUUGAAGAUGCGACUGCAGGGCCUGGAGGCGUUGAAAUGCUGGCACUAGCUGGAAAGAGUGAUCUUGUCAAGGGUGUUUACGAAGGCGGACUCAAGACCUGGGAAUGUGCCUUGGAUCUGGUCGCAUACUUGGCGGAACAAAAAGAGAACUAUGAUGGCAAGAAAGUCCUGGAGCUUGGGUGCGGGUCAGCAUUACCAGGAAUCUAUCUGCUGACACAAUCGACUUCAGUUAAAGUCGACCUUCAGGACUACAAUGACCAGGUCUUAAAACUCGUCACCCUCCCUAACGUCCUUUUAAACACUCAUGUCCGCCCAGACCAGCAGCCCGCAGAAGUAGAGGAAGAGGAGAAAGAAGAUGCCGAGGAAGAAAAGGAAAAAGAUCAGGAUGCAGACGAGGACGAAAACGAAGACGAGGAGGAUGACGAGGAGGAACCAGAGGCUGACCCAGCAGAUGGCGACUUUCAAGGCGUGGAGCUAGACCUGCCGGAUUCUGCGGAGGAUAAGUUGGCACUUAUGAAGAAGGUCGAGGAGCAGACAACGUUCUAUAUGGGAGACUGGUCAGGAUUGGUGGACCUGAUGGCAUUCAAGGGCGACGAAGACAAGUACGACUUGAUCCUGACAAGCGAGACCAUCUACGCAGAAGAGUCGCAUCUUAAAUUGUACGCCACUAUUAAGAACUCGCUCAAGCGUGGUGGUAAAGCUCUCGUAGCUGCCAAGACAUUCUACUUUGGCGUGGGCGGUGAUAUUCUCUCUUUCCGGCGGCUGAUCGAAAAGGACAACGUCUUUAAUGUCAAGGUGGUCUUUUCUCUCCAGGCUUUUGUUCGUCGAGAGAUCCUCGAGCUUACUUUCAAGGCAUAAAGCACGCAAAUAACUAAAAAAUAAUAAUUAC